CUCCGGAGAGUGAAUGAAGUGUAAGGCAUUUUACACAGCUCCCCGUCACUGGUGGCUGCUGCACUUCUAUACCAUCUCCUGCUUUGAGACUCCCAGCCUGUCCCUACUCCCAGUCUGCUACAUUCUAAAGAACCCCUGAGUGGAACUUCUGCUACUAAGUAUCACUUGUCAUUCUAUAACUCGAACUAAGAACUUCAUACCUGGCAUAGCGCUUUAGAAACCAGGAUAAUGACCAUGACUCGCCGCCAGGGGGCAGCGCUCGCGUGAACAGUCAACAUAUAUAGCAUUGCUCUGCGCUGAUGAUAAAUUUGCAGCCCAGUCUUGAUUCACAUGCAUAUUUUGCUCCUGGCUUGUUUGAAUCUCAAUGAUUUUUUUUUUGCCUGUACCUGUCUAGGUUUUGGAGAAAAAAUAUCACAGAAAAAACAAGUUUUAUUUAACACCAUUUCCUGAUCUGCUUGUUUAUUCAAACUACUUGGAGACUAAAGCAACUUUAAUUGUUUUUUUAAUUAUAGUUGUCUAUAUAUAAUAUAAUUAUUUGCAAAAAAAAACAAAACAAACUUAGGCUGCAGUUUGUUGAGGGUGCAGAUCUGCUGUUGCAUGGGGAUGCAAGGAUGAGACUGGUAUCAUUACAUCACUGUGGAGUAUACUGAUCUGAUCCAAUCUCACUUACUGGGCUGAAGAAGAAGGGGAGACUAGAGACAAGUCCCUCAGAUGACCAUGCUGCCAGAAUUGAGAGGUGGAUAUGUUCCUUUGGUGCUGUUCCUUGGGGUUUGGAGUUUGAUCACUUUUACCCUGGUUGAUAGCUGUCCCAGCAAGUGUACUUGCACGGGUCCUAAUGUGGAUUGUCAUGGGCUUGGAUUAAAGAGUGUUCCAAAGGGGAUCCCAAGGAAUGCAGAGAGGCUGGAUCUUGACAAGAAUAACAUUACGAGGAUCACAAAAACAGAUUUUGCUGGCCUGAAAAACCUUCGAGUGCUGCAUUUGGAAGAUAACCAAAUUAGCAUCAUAGAGAGAGGGGCAUUUCAAGAUCUAAAACAACUGGAACGGAUGCGCCUAAACAAGAAUAAACUACAAGUUCUUCCGGAGUUGCUGUUCCAAAAUACACCUAAACUGACCCGACUAGACCUCAGUGAAAAUCAGAUACAAGGACUCCCAAGAAAAGCCUUUCGUGGGAUAACUGAUGUUAAGAAUCUGCAACUAGACAACAACCAGAUCAGCUGCAUUGAAGAUGGUGUCUUCAGAGCCCUUCGUGACUUGGAAAUUCUUACUCUUAACAACAAUAACAUCUCACGAAUCCCACUUACAAGUUUCAACCACAUGCCCAAGAUUCGUACUCUACGUCUCCACUCAAACAACCUGUACUGCGACUGCCACCUCACCUGGCUGACAGAUUGGCUUCGUCAAAGACGUACCAUUGGCCAGUUCACAUUGUGCAUGUUACCUGUGCACCUUAGAGGUGUCAAUGUGGUAGAUGUUGCGAAGAAGGACUUCGUUUGCCAUGGAACCCAAAAUGAGCCUCCAUCAUGCAGUGCCAACGCAGUCAGCUGCCCAUCUGCCUGCGCCUGCAGCAACAAUGUGGUGGACUGUCGAGGGAAAGGCUUAACAGAAAUCCCAGCCAAUUUACCAGAAGGCAUUAUCGAGAUACGACUGGAACAGAAUUCUAUCAAGAGUAUACCAGCUGGAGCUUUUACUCAGUAUAAGAAACUCAAGAGGAUAGAUAUCAGCAAGAACCAAAUAUCUGAAAUUGCACCAGAUGCAUUCGGUGGAUUGAAAUCUCUCACUUCACUAGUGUUAUAUGGAAAUAAGAUCACUGAAAUUCCCAAGGGGCUAUUUGACGGCCUUGUAUCCCUUCAAUUGCUACUCCUGAACGCCAACAAAAUCAAUUGCUUGAGAGUAAACACAUUUCAAGAUCUUCAAAAUCUGAACUUGCUCUCGCUGUACGAUAACAAACUACAGACUAUAAGCAAGGGUCUCUUUGCUCCUCUUCAAUCGAUCCAGACUCUACAUUUAGCUCAGAACCCAUUUGUGUGCGACUGCCAUUUGAAGUGGCUUGCUGAAUACCUGCAAGAUAAUCCGAUAGAGACCAGCGGCGCCCGUUGCACCAGCCCACGUCGCCUCGCAAACAAACGCAUCAGCCAAAUCAAGAGCAAGAAGUUCCGCUGUACAGGCUCAGAAGAUUACAGGAGCAAGUUCAGUGGUGACUGUUUUAUGGACCUUGUUUGUCCUGAAAAGUGCCGCUGUGAAGGGACAAUUGUUGACUGCUCCAAUCAAAAACUCACACGAAUACCCAGUUAUUUACCAGAAUACACUACAGAUCUACGUUUGAAUGACAAUGAAAUCUCAGUUCUAGAAGCUACAGGAAUAUUCAAGAAGUUGCCAAACCUUCGGAAAAUAAACUUGAGUAAUAAUAAGAUCAAAGAUAUCCGUGAGGGUGCUUUUGAUGGAACUACUGGGGUGCAAGAACUCAUAUUGACAGGAAAUCUCCUGGAAUAUGCACAAGGACGAAUGUUUAGAGGCCUAGUAGGACUCAAGACGCUGAUGAUGAGAAGCAAUUUGAUCACAUGUGUCAAUAACGACACAUUUACUGAUUUGAGCUCAGUGCGGUUACUCUCGUUGUAUGAUAACCGCAUCACAACCAUUACUCCAGGAGCUUUCAACACUUUGGUUUCCUUGUCCACAAUAAACUUGCUGUCUAAUCCAUUUAAUUGUAACUGUCACCUGGCUUGGCUUGGAAAGUGGCUGCGAAAGAAGAGGAUCGUAAGUGGUAAUCCCAGAUGUCAGAAACCUUAUUUUCUGAAAGAAAUUCCAAUUCAAGAUGUGGCUAUACAAGAUUUCACAUGUGAUGGCAACGAGGAAAGUAGCUGUCUACCUGUUCUACGCUGUCCUGAACAAUGCACUUGUGUGGAUUCUGUUGUUCGUUGUGGCAACAAAGGACUCCGGGUCCUCCCUAAAAACAUUCCAAAGGAUGUAACAGAACUAUAUCUGGAAGGCAAUCAUUUAACAUCUGUGCCAAAAGAGCUUUCUUCAUUCAAGCACCUAACGCUGAUUGACUUGAGCAAUAACAGCAUCAGUGUGCUAGCCAACUAUACUUUUAGCAACAUGACCCAGCUAUCUACACUGAUAUUGAGCUACAACCGUCUGAGGUGCAUCCCGGUUCAUGCGUUUAAUGGCCUGAAGUCUCUUCGAGUGCUCACUCUUCAUGGUAAUGACAUCUCGACUGUUCCGGAGGGUUCAUUUGCUGACUUGACCUCACUAUCACAUCUUGCCCUUGGAACCAACCCAUUGUAUUGUGACUGCAAUGUACGCUGGUUAUCGGAAUGGGUAAAAGCAGGAUACAAAGAACCUGGCAUUGCGCGGUGUAGUGGACCAGAUGAUAUGACUGAUAGGCUGCUCUUAACCACUCCAACUCAGCUAUUUCAGUGCAAAGGUCCAGUAGACAUAAAUAUUGUGGCGAAGUGUAAUCCAUGCUUUUCAAACCCAUGCAAGAACAAUGGGACUUGCAACAGUGACCCAAUGGAAUCAUAUCGCUGCACAUGUCCUUAUGGCUUCAAGGGGCGAGAUUGUGACAUUCCCAUCAAUGCUUGUAUUCAGAGCCCAUGCCAGAACGGAGGGACCUGCCAUACUAAUGACGCUGACAAAGAUGGAUUCAGUUGUUCUUGUCCUUUGGGAUUCGAAGGAGAGAAAUGUGAGAUAAACCCGGAUGAUUGUGAAGAUAACGACUGUGAAAAUAAUGCCACGUGUAUGGAUGGCAUUAACAACUACGUGUGUCUAUGUCCACCUAACUACACAGGUGAACUUUGCGAUGAAGUGAUUAACCAUUGUGUUCCGGAGCUGAACCCAUGUCAGCAUGACUCCAAAUGUAUUCAAGUUGACAAAGGAUACAUAUGUGAAUGUUCCCCUGGAUUUGUAGGCCAACAUUGUGAUGUUAACGAAGAUGAUUGUAUCAACCACAAAUGCCGACAUGGUUCACAGUGUAUGGAUGACAUAGGAGGAUAUACUUGUGUCUGCCCUCAAGGCUUCAGUGGUCUAUUUUGUGAAAACUCCCCACCCAUGGUUUUACUUCAGACAAGCCCCUGCGAUAACUAUGAGUGUCAAAAUGGAGCCCAGUGCAUUGUGGUGCAGCAGGAGCCGGUCUGCCGCUGCUUAGCUGGCUUUGCAGGACAAAGAUGUGAAAAGCUCAUCACUGUCAACUUUGUUGGCAAGGACUCCUAUGUUGAAUUAACUGGUUCUAAAGCUCGACCCCAAGCAAACAUAUCCCUUCAGGUUGCUACAGAUAAAGACAAUGGCAUUUUGCUAUAUAAAGGAGACAAUGAUCCCUUAGCUUUGGAGCUGUAUCAAGGACAUGUGAGAUUAAUCUAUGACUCCUUAAGUUCUUCUCCAAAUACCGUAUAUAGCGUGGAAACCAUCAAUGAUGGCCUAUUUCAUACCGUUGAGCUGGUGAUGUUGAAUCAGAGCCUUAGCUUAGUUGUAGAUAAAGGAACUCCUAAAAGCCUUGGGAAGCUGCAGAAACAGCCAUCGUUGAACCAGAACACUCCUCUUUAUCUUGGAGGAAUCCCACCAACAUCAGGAGUAUCUUCCAUGCGUCAGAGAACUGACCGUAUUCCCAUAGGUUUCCAUGGAUGUAUACACGAUGUCCGGAUUAACAAUGAGCUGCAGGACUUUAGUUACCUGCCUCCGGUUUCCAUAGGUGUAUUUCCUGGGUGCAAGUCCUGCAAUAUUUGUAAGCACGGUUCCUGUCGCUCAAUGGAAAAAAACAGUGUCAUCUGUGAAUGCCAUCCAGGAUGGACUGGGCCUCUGUGUGAUCAAGAAGUCGGAGAUGUCUGUGUCAACCACAAGUGCGUAAAUGGGAACUGUGUAGUGGUGAAUAGUGCGUACACUUGCAAAUGCAGUGAAGGCUACACAGGGAUGUACUGUGAUAAGAAGAAUGAAUCUUUGAAUUACUGCCGAAAUUUUAAGUGUAAUCAUGGCCAGUGCAAACUCUCUGAAAGAGGUGACCCAUACUGUGAAUGUGAGCCACAAUUUAUUGGAGAGCAUUGUGAGAAAGAGAAUCUUUGCCAGGGUGAGAUUGUCCGGGAAAUAGUCCGCAAACAGCAGGGCUACACAUCCUGUAGCACCACCACCAAAGUUCCUAGGAUGGAAUGCAACGGCAGCUGCAGUAAUGGCCAAUGCUGUGUCCCAGUGCGUAGCAAGAGACGGAAAUAUUUGUUUCAGUGCUUGGAUGGAUCCACUUUUUCAGAAGAACUGGAGCGAUAUAUUGAAUGUGGCUGCUCACAAUGCUUGUGAAAUCACCCACCAUCAGGAAAAUAGACGACAAAGGAAAAAACAAACAAGCAAAAAGCAAAUGCUGCAUUGAGUUAAAGAACUGUGUGCUUUCAGAGUGAAGCUCAAGAAGAGAAGAAUAUUUACUAUAUUGUAAAAUAAACAAAAAAUAGAACUUAUUUUUAUUAUUGAAAGUGACUAUUUUCAUUCUUUAUUAUAUAAAAAAUAUCACACCACUUGGAUAUAUGUAUCAUAUAGUUAUUUCUACUGUAAUUUGUUUUUUAAUACUACCAAAAAAGUAAUACAUAAUUCAUAGCCUAACAAAAUAAAUAAUUGGUAAGUUUAUAUAAUUGAUUUUUAAGGAUGUGCCUCAGUCUGACAGCGUUGGUUAUUCUGCGAAUCUAACUACUACUCAUGUCCCUGGAUAUUUUUCUUAAGAAAUAUUUUCUUAACUGUGAAUGUGUUUGUUACAGAGAACGUUUUGUAACAAAGAUGCAGGAGAACUUUUAGAUGUUAGGAACAUAAAGAGAAGCAUUAAUUUAUGCUGGUGUGUCUAGUUUGUACUUCAUUGUGAGUAUUUUGAUGAAGAAAUUAAAAUGAAACGCUUGGAAACUA